AUUAAUUUCCCUCACUUUCAACCUCUUAAAGCCGCCAACUUUCAUUCUUCUUUCUCCCACUCUCAUCCUCUUUCCUUCUCUGUUUUUCUUUGUAGGAAACCAAACAAGAGACAAGAGAUACUACUCCAAUAAACAUCCCAAAUUACAACUAUUUUUUUAUAUAAACAAAACACCAUUUAAUGAUCAACCCAAUAAUUUCCAUAUUUUUCUUUACCCAAACUUUCAUUUAGAAGUAAACCAAAAUACCCCCAAAAAAAUCAUGAUAAAAAGAAAAGAAAUUACAAUAAUUGGUCAUGAAAAUACAGAGGAUAGGAGAAGAGAGGACCCAAUCAAUAAAAAUGGGCAAUUUGACCUUGCAGAAGAAGUAUUUGUUAUUUUGACUAUUUGAGCUUGACGUUGAACGGUUGAAGACAAGUAAGGAUAUUAAUAUUAAGAGACUAAUUCUUUCCUCUGAAGAUAUAACCGAACAAGCAUGGUUAAUAAGAAGCAUCCACAAGGUCGAUUAGUUAGAUGUCCGAAAUGUGCAAGCCUCCUUCAAGAGCCAGAGCACGUUUCUCUAUACACUUGUGCUGGGUGUGAUACUAUCCUACAAGCUAAAAACUACAAAGGUCAUCAUAGAAACACAGCUUUGAGCUCACUUGAACAAAAUGUCGGUAGGAGUAAUGGUGUCACUUAUGCUCGUAAUGGUGGAGAAUCUAGCGGUUCAAGUCAAAGAUCAAGCUCUUCUGGUGAACAUUCAGAGGGUCAAGCUCCUGUCAGUGAUUUAAGGAAUUCUGAGCAGAAUGGAACUUCCAUUUCUUCGGAUAGUAACUCUGUGUCGAAGAAGUCUGAUAUCCUCGAGAAUGAGGAGGAUGGAGAAAGAGGCAAUAGAUUUGAUGGAAAUCAUAGUAAGUCUGAUCAGAAAGGAUCAGCCAAUUCUGUCCAACAUACUGUGUUGUCGGAGGAGACUAGUUUCAUAGAUAUUAAGGAAAUUGGGGAAAUAGACGACGAACAAUCUGAUCCAAAGAAUCAAGUUGAUGACUAUCUUACUGUCCUUGAAAACGUAGAAACUGAGCAACUUUCUUUAGCCAAUUCGGUGAAAGAAGAUGACAAUGGUCAAGAUGAACAGUGUGAUGGCGUUUCUGUAGAGAAUCCCUAUCAACAUCAGUUAGGAAUCGUGAUUGGUGAAACAUCUGAAGUAGAAGAUUCACACGUACUGGAGAACAAAGAAUUGCAGCAACUUACUACAGAAGAGGAAUCAACCGAAGAUGAGGAUGAUCAACAUGAACUAGAGCUGAAACGAUGUGUGCACUCUGGCAAUGAUGCUUCUUCCCUGAGUGAGUCUCCGGCGGUAGAGUAUCCUGAAGAAUAUCUUGCUUCCAAACAUAAUGCUCCUGAAGAAACCAGCAAGAUGCACCUCCUAGAGGAACACUCUCAUCAGGAUCAACAAAAACAAAAGCAGGUUAAUAAUGGUGACUCUGCCAAAGAUGUUUCAUCGUGUGCCGAGUCUCCUACCCAUUUUGACUGUGAAAAUCUGACUGAACAUGAUUCUUCUGAUCAACAAAUAUCUGGUGAGACCAGAAAUUUUCAUCUCAUAGAAAAACUUUCUCAUCCGGAUACAUCAGGAAAAGAGGUCAAGUAUCUUGAUGCAGAUGAACCAGAAGUUGCAGUAUCAGGCAAGGAACAAGAAAAAGGUCCGGGUUCAAUCGAGCAAGUUGGAUAUGAAAACUCUGCCAUCGGUGAUACCUCUUCAUCGAUUGAGUAUCUAGAAAUUUGUGAGCCGGUGCAUUCUGAUUGUCAAGCAGAACAUGAUGCUUCAGAUCAGAAAUUGUCUGACGAGAUCAGAGAGAUGCACCUUCAGGAGGAAUCCUUGCAUCAUAUAGCAGAAAUUGAGAUUCAUCACCAUGAUUCCAAUGAACUCGAUGAAUUAGAGAAUUUAGGCAAUGAAAAACACAAUCAUUCUGAUCCAGUUGAUUUAGUAGAGGGCAUUAAGGAUCAACUCGAAAGUGUAAAGCUUUCAUGUGCUGGUUCAUCGUUAACUGAAGCAACUCAGGUCUUGAAUGUUGAUUCAGUAUUUGGGACUGAAGAUGGCUUAGAAGUUUGUGGAAGGGAUCAUGUUACUACUCCUUCAAGUGCUACAGAUUCAAAAGCUUCUCAGGAGAUGGGUACUCCCAAGAUUUCCGAAGACUUUCAUUGUGGAAACAGCUCGUUAGAUAAUGCUGAUUAUAUCGUAAGUGAAGUUGGGAGCGUACUGAAAGAGAGAAGUACUAGAAGGAAUUCAGGAGUUCCAACACAAGACGGAAGUUCAUCAUCAUUGCCAAUAGACCAGAAGGUGAAACGCGGCGUGAAAGAGGAAGGACCCCUAGAAGGAAAUGGAAAUUCUCAAAGAAACAAUGCGUGUACGCUAAAUAGAGAUAGCUUCGUGCGUAGGGUUCCAUACCACCGAAAAGGUUCUGAAAUGACAUAUGAAACAGGUAGCUGUUCCAGUUAUGCCUUGCAUGAUGAGCCCUCAAGUUAUCAGAUGCAUCAUCAUCUUUGCAGAAGGAAAUUUUCUGAAGCUCCUUUUUUGAGGGAAAAGGAGUUUCUUCCCAUGUACUACAACAGCGAAACGUCAGGAGAAAUUAAUGACAGACCAAAUUAUCAUGAUUUCAUUGACAGGUGGAGGCGAGCUGAGAGCUGGACGCAAAGUGGGACCCUCCCUCAAAUGCAAUAUUCAGGAGAACUCUUCGGUGGGAGGAACUCAUAUAUGCAUCGCUACCCUGAUGAUCGAAUAUGGUCUGCCCAACUACCCCCGCCUGGAGUUUAUUACCAUUCAGGGGCAUACAUGGGUCCCAGCUGGGAAACUAGGUGGGACCCCUACGACUCAUACCUGACAAGCCCACCUCAGUAUUUGGGGUCAGACUUGUCCUGCGCUUGGGGUCAUGAUACACUAUCCAUCUCUGAUGAUCUGAGGCAUAAAGAUCAGGUCAGGAGGAGACUGUACUUGAGGGAGAAACGACAAGCAGUGAAAAAACAGUUCCGUCCCAUAGCAGGUGGGACUCCAUUCAUCACAUGCAAUUUCUGCUUCAACAUUCUACAACUCCCCACAAAUUUUCUCAUUUCUAGAAGAAGCAGAAGAGAAAUCCACAAGCUGAAAUGUGGUGCUUGCUCUAAAGUUCUAGAAUUUUCCCUCGAAAAUGAAGGUUCGUUUGCUCCUUGUGAAACUAUCAUUCACCGAAAUAUCAAUUUCAUUGAGAAAUCUCAGGCAAAUCACUCUCGUCAGAGUAGCUUAAAUUCUGCAAACGUUAGAGGGUUUGUUUCACAAAAUUCCUUAAGUGCUUCUGGUCGAGAUAAAAGAGAGCUCAUCCAUGGAAGCUUGAGUAAUCGAGAGACAUUGGAGGUAUUAUAUGAUACUGAACCUACUGCUAGGGAAAUACCACUAAGAGUAACCUGGAAAGUUCCUUCUAGGAGUAAGUCGCCUCUUCACAGGCUGAUGGGCUACCCUUCGCUCAAAGACUUGUUAUAACUGCACACGAAGAUGAUGAUGUAGAGUAAGAGAUUGGAUUUUUCUAAGUUCUUAAGCUAAGAAAACAGAUCGAUAGUUAUAGACGUAGCAGCGUACGAAUUGCCACAGAUUCUUUUUUCCUGAUACUUGAAAGAGGAAGGACUAAGGAGCAUAGCAAUGUUACGGAACUCAACAUCCAUAAUUGCAAAUCAUCUGAUUAGCAGUAGUCAAGUAGAUAGUUGAAGAUUAAUACUUUUAUUUGUUUGCUAUUGAUGAGGUUUAGUAUAGUUGAAAGAGCUAUUUGUAACAUAUAUUUGAUUUGAUAUGUAGGAGUACAAAUUUUUGUUUGUUACUUAGAAUUGUCAGAUAUAUACCAGAUUUUUUUAUAU